AAGCUCUGCCUGCCUCAAGUUUAAGCGCCGCCUCCGCACAGCCCCAAAUCCCUAUCUCCGUAAUCUGCGGAAUCCACCCCCUCUGUCGCGGGAGACAAUACCCAUGCAAAUCCGGAGAAGUGGUAGGUGUUGGGGGCGCUAUCUAUAAGUCGCCGCCUGCCGGAGCAGCCGUUCGUCCCGGAGCUCACCACCUAGGAACUGCCUUCUCGAAUAUCCGUCCGGUUAGCAAAGUCUUAUUUUCACACGACACACCAUCAAUAGAAGUGCUUGUCCCCGGAUAUAGGGAACAGGAUGUCGGGAGAGAAGCGCGCCCUCGUAUUCGGCGCCAGCGGGGUGACUGGCUGGGCACUUGUCAACGAAAUCUUGAAUGACUACCCCAAAAAGGGGGUCUGGGGUGGCGUUGUCGCCCUGACGAACAGACCAUUGAGCCUCGAGCAGUCCCAAUGGCCCAAGGACAAGAGGCUCUCCAUCGUGUCCGGAAUCGACCUGCUGCAAGGCAGCCAAGAAGAUUUGGAGAACACGCUGGAAGCCAAGGUGCCAGAUAUCAACAAGAUCACCCAUGUGCUAUAUCUCGCAUACAAGGCCCAGACGGACAUCCAGGCCGAGCUCAGGGAGGCGGUCGCCAUGUUCCAGAGGGCUGUAAUGGCUGUCGACAGGCUCUCGCCCGAUCUGGAAUUCGUCGUGCUCCAGACAGGUGCGAAGCAUUACGGCUGUCACUUACUCCACGACAGGCCAGCCAUCAUGAAACCGCCCCUGUCGGAAUCUCUCCCCUGCCUGCCCUCUCCCUACGGGGAGGACUUGUUCUACAACCCCCAGAUCGACUGGCUCAACGAGUACUCGGCCGCCAAGAAGUGGGGCUGGGCCGACACCCGCCCGGACAUCAUCAUCGGCUUCGUCCCGAACCAGAACUUCUACUCGCUGGGCACCGUGCUGGGCAUCUACCUCAGCUUGCGGCGCGAGGUGGACGGCGAGGGCGCCGAGUGCCCGUUCCCCGGCACCGAGGCCAGCUGGGGCGCGUUGAGCAUCGACUCGAGCUCGGACAUGAUCGCGCGGCAGACGCUGCACGUCAGCCUGACAGCGCCGUGGAAGGACCGCAAGGGCGAGGCAUUCAACGUCGCCGACGCGCGGGGUCCGUCCUGCUGGCGGGAGAAGUGGCCGGUGCUGUGCGCGUACUUUGGGCUGAGGGGCGUCAAGCUGGAGCGGGACAACCCGGUCGAGGUGCGCGGGUACAUCCGCGAGCACAUCGAUGUCUGGAACCGGAUGGAGGAGAAGUAUGGUCUGCAGAGUGGGCACGCCGACAGCCCGCGGACGUUCCCCGGCUUCGAGUAUUUCCUGCUCACUCAGUUCGAUACCGAUCGCCAGUAUGACAUGACGAAGAUGUACGACAGGGCUGGUUUCACGGAGGAGAGGUCGACGAGGGAGGCUUGGGGGGGUGUUUUUGAUCGAAUGAGGAAAGCGAAGGUUAUCCCGAGUGAGUUCAGGUAGACACCACUGUUCCGUUUAACUGGCAAUGCCAGACAAGAUCUCCGGAUGAGAUGAGCGAAAGCGCUUGGUCAGAUCUUGGUAAUGGCGGACAGGUUUUUUAUAGCAUCGAUCCAGAAGACGUGCUCCUUUACGAUAGUCCCGCAUGGGGAUUGGGAAGGGAUCUCUUGCUACUCCCUCUGUGCAAUAAUUUCCAGUACGUUUUGAGCAACCAGCCUUUGGUGUCG